GAAUGCAUCUGGUUAAGGCUCAGUAAUACUGGUACUCUAUAUUUGAUGCUCUCCUCGUCUGAAGAUUCUCACAAAUUUCAAUCUGUCUUCAGUUUUUGUUGUUUGCUAAAACUUUCAGGAUUUUCCUCAUAUUUACAAAAAGUUAACUGUGCUCGAUAUUUUUGCCUGACACCAGCUAAUCGUAGUAUUGCCAUUUCUUAAAAACGUUCUUUUACUUCACAGUUUCAAUGGCUGUCGCAUUUCAACAGCUUGUUCCCUCAGUAUAACAUUACACUAAACUCUUCCGAGAAUAUCAUCGUCCCUGCGCCCGAGUAUCUCCGAAAUAUGUCCGAUGUUGUGCUUGAUGCAGAUAACGUGUAAGUAUUAUUAGAGAAGCAGUCUGUGACGAACAACUUGUCCUAUUAGGCAUUUAGGCGUAAGCAUCUGCAUUGUCACCUAGAUCAGCUGUUGGUUUGAAUUACGAUGGUAAAAAGUGUAUCCACUUGUAAGAGGAGUGGUCGCUUUUUGGAACCACUUCAACGGACAAAAUUUAUUUCGCCCGUUCCAGGCGGUCAGAGGGGUUACUGUGGGAUCGAUGAUCGAAAAAGCGUGCGGGUGAUGACCGGGCCCAGACCCGUUCGUUCGUGUGCCACCCCCUUUUUCGAUCGUCUCCACCGACCGAGAGCCUGGACCAGGCUAAAUUUCAAUUGGCGUCAAAAUUUAAUUGAGGCAAUUUAUUGUAUUUGCAAGAAGCCAAGAAGCUUAUGUGCCUUUUAAAAUGGCUCAGGGAUCAUUUUCUGGUGUUCUACCCCUACUGGAAUGUAAUAAGGGCCGGUUAUAGCAACCCGCUGCUUAUUUCAUCGUUUUGGUCGUAUCCGAACAGCGUAGUUUUAACUCUAUUCUGCAAUGCUUAUUUCCAACAGAACCCUGUCCGAUUACUUCAUCUGGACAGUGUUAAGGAGACUAAUCCCAUUCCUCUCCAAGCCUUUCCGAGAGGCUGAAGCCAAAUACAAAAGACAAACUUCUCAUAUCAAAGCUGAACCAGCAAGAUGGCUGACGUGCAUUACAACGACCAACUACUACCGCGGGCUCACGUUUGCUACUGGAAGCUUAUAUAUAGAAAAGGCAUUUGACAAGAGGAUGAUUCCACUGAUGAGCGAAAUGAUGGACAAUAUCAGAAAAGCUUUCCGAGAGGAAGUGGCUGAUUUGACUUGGAUAGACAGCGAAACAAAACCAAGACUAUACCAAAAGGAAGAUGCGAUGGUCGAGAAGAUCGGUUACCCAGAAAUAUGUGUAAAUAGAACUCUACUCAGAGAGUACUAUCAAGGGCUUGAAGUAGACGACACAAGAUUUUUGUUGAACGAAGUAAAUGUCAGCAAGUGGUACUCGGCACAGUCUCUCGCUAAGCUGAGAAAGCCUUCAACGCGUGGACAAUGGUUCGAUGGGCCACAAUCUGUUAAUGCAUACUACCAACGAGAGAAAAAUGAAAUAAAUGUCCUGGCAGGGAUACUUCAGCCUCCAUUUUACCACGGCCGCUUAGCACCACGAGCAGUGAACUUUGGAGGAAUUGGCAUAGUCUUGGCUCACGAGCUUACCCAUGGCUUCGAUAACGUCGGUCGUCUUUUUAAUAAAUACGGUGAGAUCGGCAAGCCGUGGUGGAGCAACUUCACAUUAGCUGGAUUCCAAAACAGAUCCCAAUGCCUGGUUGACCAGUACAAUGAAUAUCCACUGGAUGUGUACGGCCGAAAGAUAUUUGUUGACGGUCGACUAACAUUACCCGAGAACAUUGCCGACAAUGGAGCUCUCAAGAUUGCCUUUAGGGCUUAUAAAAACUGGGUGCAAGAGCAUGGCGUUGAGGAGCUGGUACCUGGUCUGAAGAGAUCUAGUGAACAGAUGUUCUUCCUAAGCUAUGCACAAAUGUGGUGCAGUAAUUUUAGUGCCACACAGAUCUUCAGGAGAGCUAAAGCUGAUCCACACGCUUUACCUAUUUAUAGGUAAGUCAUUUCCUGGCUCCUCAGUUUAAAGCGCGCCCAUGGGAUCAGGAGCCAUGAUAAUCGCUCCUGUUUUACUGCCAAACUCCCAUAACUAUCAUUGAAGGAAAUAUAUUUUGGUCCGCGAGGAGAAUUGAUGUUUCAUUAACACUUGAGUCUUUACAGCUUGACAGAUGUUACUCGUUACUUUCAGGGUAAAUGGUGUUUUGUCCAAUAUGGAAGAAUUUGCCAAGGCGUAU